AGGUAGUGUGUUUAUAUUGUGACUCCACGGUGUUAAGAGAGCAAAGCAUUCCUUUCCUUCUACUUAAGUUUCAACUUCCGGCAAAAUCAAUGGCCACACUCCAGCAAAUCCUUCUGCAACUCCAAGCAAGUCCCUUUACCAUCCCUAUUGCUCUUGCUGCUCUGUCUGGGCUCUUCCUGUAUUACAUCAGAGUUUCAUACUUCACUAAAAUGAGUGCUAUUCCCAAGCUCCCUCCUGUGCCAGUGGUUCCUGGGCUGCCGGUGAUUGGGAAUUUGCUGCAACUCAAGGAGAAGAAACCGUACAAGACUUUCACAAGGUGGGCUGAGGAGUAUGGACCAAUCUAUUCGAUCAGGACUGGUGCUUCCACCAUGGUCGUUCUCAAUACCUCCGAAGUUGCCAAAGAGGCCAUGGUGACCAGAUAUUCAUCCAUCUCAACCAGAAAGCUAUCAAACGCACUAAAGAUUCUUACUGCUGAUAAAUGUAUGGUUGCAAUAAGUGACUACAACGAUUUUCACAAGAUGAUAAAGCGAUACAUACUCUCAAAUGUUCUUGGAGCCAAUGCUCAGAAGAAACACCGGAGCAACAGAGAUACCUUGAGAGCAAAUGUCUCAAGCCGAUUACAUUCUCAUGUUAAGAAUUCUCCACAAGAAGCUGUGAAUUUCAGAAGAAUCUUUGAGUCAGAACUCUUUGGAAUUGCAGUGAAGCAGGCCUUUGGAAAGGACAUAGAAAAGCCCAUUUAUGUGGAGGAACUUGGCACUACACUUUCAAGAGAUGAGAUCUUUAAGGUUCUAGUGCUUGACAUAAUGGAGGGUGCAAUUGAGGUUGAUUGGAGAGAUUUCUUCCCUUACCUGAGAUGGAUUCCUAAUAAGACCAUGGAAACAAAAAUUCAGCAACUACAUUCCCGCAGGAAAGCAGUGAUGACUACCCUGACCAAUGAGCAGAAGAAGCGAAUUGCCUCAGGAGAGGAACUCAAUUGUUAUAUCGACUUCUUGCUUUCUGAAGGGAAAACACUGACAAUGGACCAAAUAUCUAUGUUGCUUUGGGAGACAGUUAUUGAAACAGCAGAUACUACAAUGGUCACCACAGAAUGGGCUAUGUAUGAAAUUUCUAAAGAUCCAACGCGACAGGAUCGGCUCUAUCAGGAAAUCCAAAAGGUUUGUGGAUCGGAGACGGUUACAGAGGAACACUUGUCCCAACUGCCGUACCUGAAUGCAGUUUUCCAUGAAACUCUAAGGAAGCACAGUCCAGUUGCGUUGGUUCCUUUAAGAUAUGCACACGAAGAUACCCAACUAGGAGGUUACUACAUUCCAGCUGGAACUGAGAUUGCUAUAAACAUAUAUGGGUGUAACAUGGACAAGCAUCAAUGGGAAAGCCCCGAGGAAUGGAAGCCAGAGAGAUUUUUGGACCCGAAAUAUGAUCCGAUGGAUUUGUACAAGACCAUGGCUUUUGGGGCUGGAAAAAGGGUAUGUGCUGGUUCCCUUCAGGCAAUGUUAAUAGCGUGCCCGACGAUUGGUAGGCUGGUGCAGGAGUUUGAGUGGAAGCUGAGAGCUGGAGAAGAUGAAAAUGUAGAUACUGUUGGGCUCACCACUCACAAACGCUAUCCAAUGCAGGCAAUCCUGAAGCCAAGAAGUUAGUUAUUAGUGUAGAAAAUUAAGCCACAGACAUGGAUUCUGUAAUCCUCAUCCCCCAUAAAUUGUCUGUGGCAGAAGCUUUAAUUUGGCCAAGUUAGUGGACUCUUUAUGUUUUAAGUUGGUUAUGGGUUUCACAGCCUAUCUGGACAAACUUAAUCGUUAUGCCAUGUAUCUAAAAACUUAAGUAAUGUUAUCACAGUUGAAGAAUAGACAUCUCUA